UCUUGUACAAAUUAACUGAUCAUGACAUAUCAAUCUUGUAAGCGCUUUAUUUUAAUUAUAACAAGAGCAUAAGUUAAUUUAAUUAAAAACAGCAUCACACAAAUCUGCUGAAUUGAUGCUAGCAAGUAUUAAUUUCAAGUUACAAGUAGGUGAACAACUGAGGAAACACUCUUUUUUUGUCAAACAGCAUGUAAACAUCAUACUGAACUAGAGCACAAAAACAUACUUACCAGAUUAUGCAGUCAGAUCCCGCCAUAAUGACAGCAGCUGUAGGGGACACAACCCUGACUCAGGAUAACAAAGUGUCUAACCAGGACAGCACUUCAGACACCUUAUUUGAGAAACUGUACCAUUAUGACUUCUAUGAGAACAAGAAAUUUAUGGAUGGUUGGAGAAAGGUCAAAGAAGCAAUUCCUCCACAGAAAAUGAAAGAGUCUUUCAUCAAAGCUCAAGUUUUCUUUUUUUCAAGAGAAUUGGAACCAGUCGAUUAUCAGAAGUAUUGCAAAUGGCUAGAGGAUAAUGAAAGAAAUGUAGAAGAAACUGCGUCCUACAAAACAUGUAUGGAAGAGAAUACAAGUUUAGCAGAAGUUUGGAAACCAAAUACUAGUGACACGUGCAGCAACAAGGAAGACAGUGAACAUGAAGUUAUGGAGCCAAAACAUCCAGAAAACUUUCUUGAGUUAGUAGAAAUGAUUCAGAAGGGGAUAAAACUGCCUGGUACUGAGGAAUUAGACAUACAGCCCCUGAAUGUGGAGCCCACGCCCAGUGAUAAAUUGCCACCAGCGAAACCAUGGGAGAUGGAUCUACAGACUUGACAAGAUUGAUAGAAGUUUUAAUUACAAAUGUCCAUUAUAUAACAAUGUGCUAACUUUGAUAUCUUGUCUGACAUGAGACAAUUACGUUACAUACAAGAAAACAGGCUCUUGGUUUCAAGUGCAGUAGUUAUCAUUUAUUUUAAAUGGUGGAUGUAACAUGUAGCAGACAUUUGAAUGUGAAUUUCGAUACACGAUUAUGUAGUUGUGCAAAUCUAAUGAUUAGGUACUAUGUUAUAGAUAAUUGUGUUAAAUCUUGCCUCAUGAAUGCCGUCUUGUUUUAUGUUUUUGACUUGUAUUCACGAAACUUUACAUCGGAAUUGCUCAAAAUUGUUUACAUGAACUUAUAUGAACAUUGACCAUCCAUUGUUCUUAAAGAUGCACUCCAACUCCAACAUAAGAUUUACCUCAAUUAAUAAUAUUGUUUUAUUAUUCAAAAAAAGAUGAAUGAAUGUCGAGAACAAAGGUUCUAAUAAAGGAUACACAUUUUAAUUUGAAAGAAAUGUGCAUAAAACACGGGAUUUCUACCUUUUUAGAUUAUAGUAGAUCACAGUAAAUCUUGACGCAUUCAUCAAUCAUUUAAUAUUUUUGCAUUUUCAGCUAUUAACUACACGGCUACAAUCUUGUUUUCAGUAAUUAAUUUUUUCCAUAAAUGCAUUGUUUAGUAAGUAGUUAAAGGUUUAUCAGUCAAAAUAUUUCUUUGUUAUACAUGUGUAUGCAUUGAUAUUGAAUAAGAGUGUCACUUUAAAGUUUAAAGAAGAAAGAUGAAAUGGUCCUGGUUGGCGGAAAUCAAGGUUAAGGUGAAGCUGGUACCAUGCCCCAUGUUUAUGAAAGUCACAAACUCACAAUUUUAGACCCAUAUCUACAACAAAGACGGUUUUACCUUAUUUGGUAGACCCUUCUGCAUUUAGAGAGACAAGCAUGUGUACCUUCCUUUUUUCAUAGAAUUAAAUGCUUAAGAUGAGAGUUAUUUCUCCGAUUUGAUCUUUGAUUUUUUUUGACUGGACAUUUCAACCAAAAUUCUAAUAAAAAGAGAAUGACCAAGUUUAGCAUGAAAAUGUGGCUGCAUUUUUUUUAACAAACAUAGACCUGUUGACUUAAUUUUGACCCUAUAUUUAACAUAUUCAAACCUGACCUAAUUAUUAUCCCCCGCCUUAAAAAGGCGAGGGGAUAUAGUAAUGGUAGGCGUGAUUCCGUGCGUGUGUGUGUGUGUGCGUACCUGUAUGUGUGCAUGCGUCUGUCCCAUAUUCAUUUCUUUGCAUCUCCUCUUACAUUUCUCAUGCGAUUUCUACCAAACUUUUACAGAUUGAUGAUCAUAAAGUGAAGCAGCGCAUAUUGACGGGCUUUUGCGAUUCAACCAUUUUUUAAAGAGUUAUAGCCCUUUGUUUAUUUUACAUUUAAAAUUGGUUUCUUUGCAACUCCUCUUACGUUUUUCAUGUGAUUUCUACCAAACUUUCACAGAUUGAUGACUAUAUAGUGACGCAGCGCAUAUUGUCGGGCUUUUGCAAUUCGGCCAUUUUUGAAAGAGUUAUUGCCCUUUUUUUAAAUUUAAAAUUGGUUUCUUCACAACUCCUCUUACGUUUUUCAUGCGAUUUCUACCAAACUUUCACAGAUUGACGACUAUAUAGUGACGCAGCGCAUAUUGUCAGGCUUUUGCAAUUUGAUCUUUUUUGAAAGUGUUAUUGCCCUUUCUUAAUUUUACGCAUUUCUUAUGUUCCUGAGACACUACCC